AUGGUCCGCCCUCCGGCAAUGACUUUCCUUGAGCUUCAGACAUGGCUGAUUGGGCUUUACCCAGUGCUGGCUGAUGAAGAGAGUUCCUGGUACUAUCUGGUACUUAAUUUGUGUUUAUUUUUGGACUUCGACUACAGUGUGAUCGACAUCUUCGGUGGGGUUGGUUCCUUAUCGCAAGCUGCUGGCUCUGGGUUUGUGUUCGACGUUCGUCGUGACCCUCGUCACAACUGCCAUGAGAAGGCGGGAUUACAAAUUCUUGGUGAUGCAUGUGCACGUACCAAGCACCAUGGACUUGCGCUGUGCCAGCCGACCUGCAGCAGCUUUCUACGGUUUGUGAGCACCCAUACAAGCAAGCGAACGCUGGAAAACUUGUAUGGCGACGAGAGCAUGGAAUUUGUGGCUACAGGCAAUGCAACAGCUGAGCUGGUUGCCACGGUCUUAGUACCUUUAUGCGACUGGCUGGGGCUGUAUUGGGUCUGUGAAAACCCCAUGAAUUCACUUUUCUUUGUGUAUCCCUCCAUCGACGCUGUCCUACAAGCUCUCCUGGACACUGUGCCCAAUGGUCAAAUUACGAGGACCAUUGUGUGGUUGCGGACUUUCGGUGCAGCUUCCGGUAAGCCCCUUGAGCUGCGAGGAAGGUGGGGUGGCUUCGUAUAUUUGCAGGAAAUCCACCGCCGUGCUUGGGGUCCUAUCAGGGGCCGUCGCACCGCUCCAAUCAUGGAUCGCGGAAGCAAGUGGGUAACUGGCAACAAAUCGAGAUUGGCAAGCUCCAGUGCAUAUCCUCGGGCUUUUGGCGCGGCUUUGUGGAAAGCACAUCAAGCCUACUUGGCGAACAAUUGCAAUCUGGUUCUGUCUCCAGAAGUUAUGCACGACCUGCAUGCCUUCGCUGAUGACAUGGUUGGGAAUCUGCCACCCGAGGGCGAAGUGGCACUUCCGGACUGGAGAUGCAUUAAACAUGUGCAGACAUACAGUGAUGCGUUAUAUAUUCAUAUGUGUGCUUUCUAUAUGUAUGUAUGUAUAUAUAUAUAUAUACAUAAUCAUAUACUGUUAGUUAUUUGGAAAUACAUAGUUAUGGAUGCUUUGUUUCUACCUUCCCCCUGA